CAAAAAAGUGCGAAAGUCUCUCUGGCGUGACUAUCGAGGAACCACUUUCGCCCAUGUUUUCCGACGCCGGGAGAGCCGUUGCUCACCGGCGUCGGACCGUCGUUCCUCAUACCGUUCAUCUUGGCUUUCUUGUGUUACCUUUGCUCUCGUUUCAGUUUUUUGUUUUUGUUCCCGGCCAUUUCAUGAGGCUUUUGAGGACCGCUCUUGAUGCCAACAUCUUUGCGCUCGGGUGGCUCCUUCGUGCGAGAUCUGAAAGCAACGUUUCAUGUGCCUCUCUACCUUUGAUUGGUACGGAGUGUCUCUUAUCUCUCGCCCAGAUCUUGCGGUGUAGAAGUUUCACCGCCGGCGUCUCUCUGCUCUUCUCGAAGGCAGAUCUGUCCUCAAGGAUUCAACAAUGGUCCUCUGUUUGCCUUGCCCGCCUUGGUGUCUCCGCCGCGUUUCCCUGCUACAGCAAUCUAAAUCUAACCCAAGCCUUCGCCGUUGGUCCAGUCUCCGCCGCUUCUUCACUUCCCAAGGCUCAUCCAAGUUCGAUGUCGUCAUCCGCUCCAACUACAACCCUCGUUUCAGCUAGCCGCCGCCAAGCUCCCGUGGAUGCCCUAGGUCUUUUCUCGGGACGUGUGCUGAGAUUGUAUCCUUGUUGGGCUUGGUCCAUGCUUACUUCACAUCAAGACGCUCUGCCUCCACAGAGCCAAUCUUCCUCCUGCCAUGGUCAGGAGAGGUCUCUUGCUCCUUUCUCCUAUUAUAAGGAGAGUUUCAUCACACCUUCAUCCUUGCUUCCAUGGCUCCUUUAUUGUUGCCCUUGUGUUGCGCGACCAGCAUUUGUUCUGGAAAGAUGCUCUUCAGAGACCUCGCUCUCUGUUGGUUUCAACGGCUCUGCAAAUUGAUGCUUUGUCACCCCUGUUUUGCUUGCC